CGGUUGUGUUGCUUAUACCGCCGUCGUUAGCCGAGUAUUGAGCUACCAGCUGACCUACUUUCUCUGGUCCUGUUUACAGCCACUGCCAGCGGAGGAUGUGGAGUACAGUGCCUGGAAAAGAGACGAGCACAGCCCGCAACUAGCAAACACCACACAUGGGAAAUUUGCUCGUGUGUUGAUAUAUUAGGACUGCCAAAACAACAAACGGCGAUUAAUAACAGCACGUUAUUAACUUAGGCGCUGUUAUGCAAUUUAACGCUUUCAGUGCUGUCUCCUGGUCAGUCAGGCGCUGGUAGUUGCGCUCAAGCUCGCUAUGCUUUAGUUAAAAAAAAAAAUGACGACAUGGAUUAAAGUUAUGUGUGGAUUUUUAUAUAGGCUGGAGACCCGUUUUCAAGGAUUUGGUGUUUCUUUGGUGGACUCGAUGAGGUGGUGGGUAACUGGUCCGCAGUAGUUUUCUUUCCAAAAGAGUGUUCAGACGAGGUCAGCACGGAUGGGACUUCAGGAAAGGCCUGGUUGGGAAAAGGAGUGAGUAUGGACAACCUUUCCGACUUUGGGGGCACCUGUCCAUCCACCUGCAGGGAAUGGGACACCAACAGCUGCAUGGACGAUUUAAUGGACGAAGAUGAGAAAGACAGGGCAAAAAGGGCAUCUCGUAACAAAUCGGAAAAGAAAAGAAGAGACCAAUUCAAUGUGCUCAUCAAGGAGCUGUGCACCAUGCUGCAGAGUCAAGGCCAUCCGCGCAAGAUGGACAAGUCCACCAUACUGCAGAGAACUAUUGACUUCCUGCAGAAACAGAAAGACAUCACUGCAAAGAACGAAACUUGUGAUGUGAGGCAGGACUGGAAGCCUUCGUUCCUCAGUAAUGAGGAGUUUACUCAGCUAAUGCUGGAGGCCCUAGAUGGUUUCUUGGUUGCAUUAACUACAGAUGGCAACAUCAUAUAUGUAUCUGACAGUGUGUCUUCACUCAUUGGCCAUUUACCGUCAGAUAUGGUGGACCAAAAUAUCUUGAAUUUCCUCCCGGAGCGAGAACACGGGGAGGUGUAUAAGCUGCUAUCAUCCCACAUGCUGAUGACUGACCCCAUUGCUGCUGACUUCCUUGACAGUGAUGCACAUAUUGAAUUUUGCUGUCAUCUAGCCAGAGGUAAUAUUGACCCAAAGGAGCCGCCUGUAUAUGAGUAUGUCAAGUUUGUCGGAGAUUUCAAGUUUCAUAACAGUGUGCCUACAUCUUGUAACGGGCUGGAUCUGACGUUACCAAGAAGCCUGCAGUCAUCGCUGGAGGAGCAGGUCUGCCUCAUUGCUACUGUACGAUUAGUCACUCCACAGUUUCUAAAGGAUCUGUGUAAUGUGGAAGAUCCUUGUGAUGAAUUCACAUCCAGACACAGCCUUGAGUGGAAGUUCCUGUUUUUAGAUCAAAGGGCUUCACCAAUCAUAGGAUAUUUACCCUUUGAGGUUCUUGGAACCUCUGGCUAUGAUUACUAUCAUGUGGAUGACUUGGAGCUUAUAGCUCAGUGUCAUAAGCAGCUAAUGCAGUUUGGAAAGGGUAAAUCCUGCUACUAUCGCUUCCUGACCAAAGGUCAGCAGUGGAUUUGGUUGCAGACUCACUACUACAUCACGUACCACCAGUGGAACUCCAAACCAGAGUUCAUUGUCUGUACUCACACUGUUGUCAGUUAUGCUGAAGUGCGAGCUGAAAGGAGGAGAGCGUUUAGCUUUGAAGAACUGUCUCCACCUGAGAUAGCUCCCUCCUCAGUGAAGGCUCAGGAGCUGUACUUGGACAUCUGCUCCACACUGGACCCUCCACGGGACAGAGACAGUGGUGCACGUUCGGUAUCCUCCCACAGCUCGCGAAAGUCCUCCCACACAGCGAUGUCAGACUCUGCAUCAGCUAACUCCUACACAGAGGCCUGCACACCGUCAUGGCAGUCUGCUUCCAUUGGGACAGAGAAGACAUCUGCCAGACUCCAACCUAGAAGUUCAAAGAAUUCGGCACAAAGACAAAAUUCCUUUGACCUCGUUCCCCAACUGAGCCUCCCCCUUUCUCCUACCUGCAGCAAGCACUCUGCAAUGCAACAGCAAACACAGCAGCAGCAGCCGUCGUUGCCCAUGUAUCCUCUGCAGCAGCCGCAGCUCUGUGUAAUGAGCCAGCUUAAGGAACAGCUGGAGGAGAGGACGCGCAUUCUGCAAGCUGACAUUAAGACGCAGCAGCAGGAGCUGCACGACAUCAAGGAGAAGCUUCAACUCGCUAAUUUCCAGAUGUUGUUACAGCAGCCUGUCCACAAUGACUUUGGCCAGGCCCAGCAGCAGCAGCAGCAGCAGCAGCAGCAGCAGCAGCAGCAGCAGCAGCAGCAGCAGCAGGGCUCGGGCAGGCCGGCCCCACAGAGCCAGUCAGGGGUGAUCAGGCAGCUCUCAGGCCACCCUAAACCACCGUCCUGCGGGGCCCACAGUUCAUCCCCUCACUCACUCCUGACAGAGAACAGCUCACCCUCGACGCAGGUCCAGCAGAGAAUUGCACGGAGCGGGCAGGCACAGUCGGUGAGCGUGCCUAUGCAGACGAACACGAGUGUGACGAUGCCCUUCUACAGCAACCCCAUGAUGUUCUCUCAGACCAACACGAGGUCUCUGCAGGAUGCAAACCAAAGCCAGACAGACAGCGAGUUCAACCAAGAGGGACAACUACGCAUGCUCCUCAACCAGCCAAUGCAGACGCUGGUUCCCACUAGCAGUGUCACCACGCAGCCUUCCCAGUGCAACAUGGGCAUCUCCCAAACCAUAUACACCUUGGAGCAGCAGAUCAUCGGCCCUUCAUUCUCCAUGCAACAGGUCAACUGCAACGCCGUCCUGGUGCCCUCCUUCACGUCUCCCAUUGUGAUCCCACACAACAGUUUCAUCACCAACCAGUCCCAGUCAGCCUACCACACUCAGCCUCAGGCUUCUCAGCACUCUCUGCAGCUACAGCAGCCCCAGCAGUUCUUUCAGAUGGCUCAAGGACUUGUGCACGGUGGAUCUACUCCAGCAUUCUUACACACCACUAAUGUCCCACAGCAAAGCACUGUGGGCUACAUCCAGCAGCAAACGCAGCAACUGCCGCAAGCGCAACAGCAACAGCAACAAAGGCAAUACCAACAUUCCCAAAACCAGACUGGCAGUGUUUCAGACUUUCAAAAUAUGCUGACUCGGUAGCGCUGUGGACUGUUAGAGCGCUGAGAUCUCCGUCUGUGCUGUCGCUGUGUAGACGGCGGCACGUUGUGGCAUUUGGAAGUCAAACUUGACGUCGAGUUCUGCUGCGGAAAUGCCUGAAUGUGGAAAAUUGCUUCUAGUGACCUAACUCUUGAUGUGAAGCAGCACGUUCAGAAGAAGCCAGCCUGUACAUCACUGGAGUGAAAACCAAGAAGAGAGGCU